AUGGGUAUUGAUAUCGCCAAGAAGCACGUUAAGAACGGUCAGCGUACCGCCCCCAAGAGCCAGGACCCUUACCUCCUGCUCCUGGUCAAGCUCUACCGCUUCCUUGCUCGCCGCACUGACAGCCGAUUCAACAAGGCCAUCCUCCGCCGCCUGUACAUGUCCAAGAUCAACCAGCCCCCCGUUUCGGUUUCGCGCAUCAUCUACCUGACCCAGUCGCAGGGUGGUGUGGCCGCUUCGGCUUCGGAGACGCCCAAGACCGUUGUUGUUGUUGGCACCAUCACCGACGACAACCGAGUUCUCGAGCUGCCCAAGCUCAGCGUCGCUGCUUUGCGAUUCACCAACACUGCCCGCGCCCGCAUCGAGGCUGCCGGCGGUGAGUGCCUCACCCUGGACCAGCUCGCUACUCGUGCCCCCACUGGUAGCAACACUGUGCUCAUCCGUGGUGUUAAGAACGCCCGCGAGGCUGUCAAGCACUUCGGGUUCGGCCCGCACAAGAACAAGAAGCCCUACAUCCGCGCCAAGGGCCGCAAGUUCGAGAAGGCUCGUGGUCGUCGUGCUUCGCGUGGCUUCAAGGUGUAA